UCUACCUGAACACUACCCUUCCAGCUUCUUUUAAGCUCCCGGCAAAUUUUACUUGCUUUUCCAUUCUCUAUCUUUUGUUCCGAGUGAACGCGCCGCCCUCUUUCCUCUCGUACUUUGGUCGGGAUAUUAACUCCCGCCAUUUCGUCUAACAUUACCUCAUCCAGAAAGCGGCGCUUUGGCCAUCCAUGCCCGUGGCAUCUUCUGGAUAAAUCGAUAACCCUGACACUUUGACGAUCUCUUGUCAAGCAUUUCGGGCAGAUUACUUAGAAGGAGGGGAGGCCUGUUCCCCCGGAACUACAGCCAUGGCUGACAAUUCACGACAACCAAACCUCAAUCUCACUCCUGAGGAGAAACGCGUCUUCUAUCAACUCUUUCAAGUCGCCGACACAACUAAUCUGGGUGUCAUUACUGGCGAAGUCGCCGUCCCUUUCUUUGAAAAGACGAAGCUGGCCCCCGACACUCUCGGCUUGAUAUGGCAAAUUGCGGACAAGGAGAACCGCGGUCUCCUGACCCCCUCAGGGUUUGGUGUUGUCUUGCGGUUGAUCGGGCACGCUCAAGCAGGCCGCUCCCCGUCAGAGGAGUUGGCUUUACAGCCCGGGCCGAUACCCAGAUUCGAAGGCGUUCAAGUUGAUACAUCUGCCCCUACGCGCGAGGCAGGCGCAACAAGCCCUCCACCAACCCCCGGCGCAUCAAUUCGAGUCCCUCCGCUGAAUCCGGAUGAUGUGAACAAGUUUCUGUCGCUAUUUGAGAAAUCGGACGUCUCCAAGAGUGGGGUUCUGUCAGGCGAGACUGCCAAACAGAUUUUCGAACGCGCGAGGCUGCCUAAUGAAAUCCUCGGUAGGAUAUGGAAUCUAGCCGAUACCAAACAACGUGGUGCCCUAGAUAUAACCGAGUUCACUAUCGCUAUGCAUCUUUUGACAUCAUACAAAUCAGGUGCGAUGAGAGGAAUCCCGCAAACCCUACCAGCAGGUCUAUAUGAAGCUGCCGCACGAAGAGGCUCUAGCCGUGCUUCCAUUGGCUCACGGCCGGGACUUGAUGUUCCCCCUGUUCCCGCAAUACCGAAGCAAUUUACUGGGCCGCAACGGACGCAAAGCCCUAUCAGCAGACCGCUCGGCUCACCCCUUUCGGCACAGUCUACUGGCGCAGAUUGGUUAAUCACUCCCCAUGAGAAGGCACAGUUCGAUAGUAUUUUUGCGACCGUCGAUUCGGCAAAGCUUGGCAAAAUAAGUGGGGAUCAGGCUGUUGGUUUCUUCAUGAAUGCGCAACUACCUGAGGAAACCCUUGCUCAGAUUUGGGACUUGGCUGAUAUUGAUGCUGAUGGGCAGUUGACAAAGGACGAGUUUGCAGUUGCCAUGUAUCUGGUCCGACUACAACGUAGUGGAAAGGAACCGCUCCCACAGGUUCUGCCUCCAGCCCUGAUCCCGCCUAGUAUGCGUCGGCCUGGUUCUGCUCACAUUGCUCCGGCUCCUAUGGUUGUACAGGGUACGGGUAUGGCUCAACCAGCCGCCCCUACCCCGGCUGUUCGAUCAGCCGCAGAUGAUCUGUUCGGCCUCGACUCUUUCUCAGCUCCUGCUCCGGCUGCAGCUCCCUCCCAGGUACCCCAGUCUACAGGAGGUUCAAACGUACCAUUGCAGAUGCCCGCCUCCCCAACAUCUAGAGCAUCCCCACCAAGCACGUCAACGACGUUCAAGCCUUUCAUUCCGACCUCGACCUUUGGGCAGAGCCUUCAGCCCCAGAGCACAGGUGCCUCAUCCGGCGUUGCACCAGCUCGUCCACCCCCGUCACCAGCAGAUGACCUUCUUGGGGACAACGACCCUGAAGAGUCCAACAAACUAACACAGGAGACGACAGAACUUGCCAACCUAUCCAAUCAGAUUGGCUCUUUGGCGAAUGAGAUGCAGAAUGUUCAAACUAAGCGCACCUCAGCAGAGCAGGAAUUGUCUCAGACCUCUCAACAGAAACGCGAUUUCGAGGUUCGGCUUGCCCAAGCCAGGGCAAUGUACGAGCAGGAGUUGAAAAACUUCAAGACACUCGAGGAACGGCUCCAUGUUUCCAAGGCCGAGACCAGCAAACUGCAGCAGGAUUAUGCUAUGCUUGAAGCAAAUAGACAGGAUCUGCAGAACCAGUACGACCAGGUCUCCGCUGCACUCGCUGCUGAUCAACAAGAAAAUGCAAGCCUGAAGGAGAAGAUUCGCCAGGCUAAUGCUGCUGUCACUCAUCUCAAACCGGCACUCGAAAAGGCCCGAUCUGAUGCACGACAGCAGAAAGGCUUGGCCGCGAUUAACAAGAAACAACUUGCUACUGUAGAAGGUGAACGAGACAAGCUUCAGGAAGAAAUGGAUGGCCUCAAGAACGAACAGCCCCAUGAGCCAGACGAGAGCGUGGCCCCUCCCGGGAGCAUCCCUAGAAUUAGCAGCCCAGCUGCCUCGACAACUAGCCAGAACACGAAUCCUUUCUUCAAACGCCAAAUGACUGGCUCCAGCGAAAGCAACGCUGUGUCUCCUCAAGUCUCAAACGAUCAACAGCGCGCUUUCGAUAGUCUGUUCGGCCCAUCUCUUGGAGCCCCGGUGGCCUCCGCCACUCCGCCUCCGCCCACUUCCUUCCGCGCUGACUCGCAUCCGACUUCGAUCAAGUCGGCGACGUCUGGAGCACCAACUCCGACAGGUUCCCCUCCACCACCCGCGGCUGCAUCCCUUAAUGAACCUCCAGCCCCGCCGCAGUCUAGACAACUCACACCUAAUGUGCUUCCGUUUGGCGAGUCAGUGUCGACGACCUCUUCGACCAUGGUCUCGCCACCUGCUAGUAGAUAUGACACACCAGCUCAAAGCACAACUUCGCAAGCUGGUGCUAGCGAAGCCAGGCCUACGUCUACCCCUGCCUCUGACAGGACGGAAGAAUUGAACCAGAAAUUCCCAGAAAUUCCCGGCGCCUCAGAGCAGUUCGCUAAUGCAGCUAUAUCGCCUACUAGUGAAGAUAAACCAGCAGAGAAGAAGGAUCUCAGCUUUGAUGAGCUUUUCGGUGGUCCAGCGCAUCAGCGGUCGAAGUCUCAAAAAGAGAACGAUUUCGAAGAAGCCUUUGCGUCUAUGAAACAGGGACCUGGCCUGAACAAAGCAAAUGGAGCACCGGCGGCCUCCGAAUUCCCGCCUAUUCGUGAACUCGACGACGACGACGACGACGACGAUAACAGCACAGAUAGUGAAGCACCCAUGGGCUUCGACGACAAUUUCACCCCUGUUGCCCCUCCUCAAAGCCAGAUCGCAUCCAAACCUCCUGCUGCAGACUCUCAAGCAAGCCCUCCCAAGUAUGAGGAAAGCCUGCAGAAAGACGCCGCUGGAGAAGCGCCUGAAUUCAGUGGUCUUCUGCCAAAACGUGAAGACCCCACCGCUUUCCCUGAUGCUCCUCAUUCAGUUGAGUCAAGCACUGGAGCACCCGUUGUUCACGGGGAACCGCGGCGAGACGCUUCAAAUGAUAUAGCCGGGCCCCCAAGCGGAAAGGCUAGUACCCCUGAUUUCGAGGCGGCCUUUGCAGGUCUUAAUUUAGCCCCUGCUAAGGAGAGUGAGGACGAUGAUGACUUCGAAACGCUCGACAACAAGAAUAACGCGGACUUCGACUUCUCUUUUGACUCCCCAUCACAGAGGAAGCCAUCCACUCCUGGACCCAGCGCUGGGAACUCCACUUCUUCCGACUUCUUCAGUUUUGAUAAGAAUGUUGCCCCUUCUUCCCCAGGAGGUGCCGCACCAACAACGGACUCGGCUGCAAAGCCCCAGUCUCACGACUGGGAAGCGCUGUUUGCACCACUUGACAAUGUUCAAACCCCUGGCGGAGCCAAUGGAACCGGCAAUCCAGCAACAAGUUCACCGCCCGGUUCUAAUACCAAGUCCCCGGGCUGGGCUCUCCAAACCGGCACAGAAGAUGACCAAAUCCUUCAACGGCUGACAGGCAUGGGUUUCCCUCGCGAGGAAUCCCUUGCCGCUUUAGAGAAAUUCGAUUACAAUCUUGACAAGGCAGUAGAUCACCUGACAUCGAAGUCUUAAUACUUUCUUUUCUUUCCUCUCCUUUCUAGCGCCAUGCACAUAAUUUCCUUUUAGCAAUCCACUCGCUCGACACUACAUCUUCUUUCCUUUUUCUUUUUACCUCCACUGUAUCUGAUCUAUUGGUUGGCUUGCAUAUCGCUACUGCUGUCAUGUAUAUUCCCCAGCGGUACUUCCUCAACACUACUUACCCACUAU